CACGGUUUCACUCAAUCCUCAAACUAUCUGUCAAUUUUCAUUUCGUUUUCUUCUCUAUUUUCAACACUCCAGCUUUGUCGUGCCUUGUGGGAGGAAGCAAUGGAUCGCGCGAACUCCGGCAGCCCCAGCUCCGCCACCUGCGACGACGUUCGAGGGGAAGAUAAUCAAUGGGCACCUGUUAGUGAGGAUCUUGAAACAAGUUGUUGGGGUUGCGGGCUUCGCGUACUUGUUUCUCCUUAUGCAUCUGUCUUUAAAUGUGGAUGGUGUGGAGCAAUAACAAAGCAAAAUGUGGUCAAAAGUGAUGACAAAUACAUCCCUUUCAGAAAAUUGCGUGAUCGGUGUUUUGUUUGCAUAGUCCUUCUAUUUAUGCUCUUCUUCAUAUGUACUGCUAUUUGGGCUGUGUACCCUGUACUAUUCUCUAUUAGUUACCUCAAUGGUGUUUUCCAUGCCACAAUAGCAGUAACACUGUCUUUGUGUACAUUAUCUUUAUUUUGCCUUGCGGCAUUUCAACCUGCGGGUCUGCCACCACUGAUACUGUGGGGUAGCUAUCCCACAGUGGGGAAAGGUGGGCUCGAGAACUUUACUUUCUGCCACUAUUGCUCAAAGCCAAAAUCUCCCAGGUCCCACCACUGCCGUUCGUGUGGGGUGUGCGUAUUGGACAUGGAUCAUCACUGCCCUUUCAUCGGGAACUGCGUGGGCUCAGCGAAUCAUCGGGUUUUUAUCCUCUUCCUCAUAUCAACGGUCAUCGGCACAAUCUAUGUCGCCAUCAUGACCUCAUUCUCCGCUCUCCAAAUUUGGCCACCUCUUGACCGUGGGCUCGCCAGCAAAUUCAAUGGGUUAAUUACUUCAGAGCUGAUGUUUGGGGUUUUAAGAGAGAAAUUCCUCUCUUUCUUGAGGUCGGCUGUGUUUUUACCUGUGAGAGGGCUUAUUCUCAUUUACCUGUUUAUCGCUAGUGUUUCAGUGGGCAUUGGUUUGAGUGUGCUCUUGUGGCAGCAGCUUAGUUACAUAUACGUCGGGAAGACAUAUUUGAGUCAUCUAAGUGCAGUGGACAGUGAGGAGAUUUUGGAAAGGGAUUGCCAAAAUCUCGUGAGAUUUUUUGGUUGUCCGUAUAAUGCCACUGUGUAUUUACCCAGUUAUUGGAGAUCGAGCAAGAGGCAUAACAAGUGAAGAUGAAGAGGCCAGUGUCUCUUUACCGUUGCUCAAAGGGCCUCCUGCCUUCAUCGUUCCUAUGAGUUAUUCCAACAUAAAAUAUUGUGUUCGACUGAGCGACUGCAGGACUCGAGUUCCACUACUAACUUGUUUAAUAGGAUUGGGGAGGAGAUUUUCAUGUAGGCUGGAUCCUUUUCCUUAUUCUCCAUAGAUUUGAAUGCUGGCUGUCACCGAAACAAAUACUUGCUCUGGAAUCUUGUAAGUCACUUAGUUCCCAUUUGCUAAAUGCCUUUAUUUAUAGUUUGCAUUAUGAGUGGAAAGGCUAGACAGGAAAUGACUAAAUAUAGCAUAUAAAUAUGUUGUAGAGGGUUUUGUUCAUUCACAGCUUGUAGAAGCAAUCUUUUUUUUUAUGUUACCUGCAUCGUGCAUGGAUGCUUUUGGAUGGGACCGGACUUGACUUUGUCGUGCUUUCGGUUUUGGGCUUUUACCUUACUCUGUAGAUUUGGUGUGUUGUGCAUGAAGUAUAUUUUCUCUUCCUCAAUGGGACUAAUUUGAUUAUCACACAUCUUGAAUUCUUCCUA